CUGGCAUACCAUACCGACUUCUCUCAAUGUCAAAAAAGACGGCAAAUUCGUUGUAAUAGCGAAGAUGACCAGAGCACAAAACAAUUUCGACGACGCCGCGACCAAUCUCAGAAGAAGCUCCGACUCAAAUCUACCUGCCGGCAGGUCGGGGCUCUGGCUGAGACGGCUCUUAAGAAGAAAUCACCAUCACUGGUAUCGCCAAUCGUCUUUGGUGGUUUCAAUUUUGAACAAGAUUCCUCCGAUGUUAUCAUUCGGCUUCCUUGCCCCGAUCUUGUCCAGUUCCCAGAACAGAAGACCCUCUAUGAGGCUGUAGCUAUGGCGUAUCUUGCCCAAUAUACCACUAUCGCGAUCCCAACCCUCUUUCACCAUACUUCAUCAUCAGAUGUUAGGCCUACCCUAGUCCUACAACACAUAGAAAGUGCUCGGGACAUGUCGGAUGCUCUCGCGAUCCCCAAUCAAGAUCCAGAAGAGACCCCCUCCCCCAAUCAAGAAGGUGACAUCAUUGCGGCCAUUGGUUGGGAGUUUACAUAUGUUGCACCAGAGCAAUUCAGCCUGGAUCCGCCUUGGUGGCUAUUAUUGGAGGCGCCUGAGAUGUGGUCGAAGGGAAUUGACGAUUGGGCUGAGACUUACAAUGAACGGCUUGAUACUUGGUUGCUGGUACUUGAAGACACUGAGAAAUCUGCCAAUGGUAAAUCAGAAUACAAACUGUCUUCUUAUAUGCGGGAGAGCUGGUCGAGUGGUCGGUUCUGGCUCAAUUACGCUGCAAGGAAGAGUUGGGCCUUUGACACAAUCUAUUGGAAGUUCUUUGGUCCAGGUGAAGCGGUUGACAAAGAUUCGUAUUGGAAAAUAAGAGUGAAGUUUCUUGGCGAAGAGGGUAAAAGGAAAACGGAUUCAUUGUGCAAAGAAAGGUGGAGGAGGCAAAAGAUCGUGUCUUGA